AUGGAGACGGUGUUCACCAGCAAAAGAAUAUUCCUUAACAGUGCCAGCCGGGCGGCGGAGGUGUUCGCCGGCGGGUUGGUCAUCUCCGCCAUCGACGGCAAGGUGACGCGCGUCCUAGACACGUGGCCGGCCGCGGAAAGCUACCUGAGGGAGCACGAGGGCGAGCUGGAGCAUUUCGACUUUGGUGACCUGCUGAUCAUGCCGGGCCUGGUCGACACGCACGUGCACAUCAACGAGCCGGGCCGGACGGAGUGGGAGGGUUUUCACACGGCGACGAAGGCGGCCGCGGCCGGUGGCUUCACCACCGUCUGCGAUAUGCCGCUCAACUCGAUCCCGCCGACGACGACCAUCGCCAACCUGCGCACCAAAAUCAACGCCGCCCGUGGCAAGAUUUUCGUCGACGUGGCGUUCUGGGGUGGGCUGGUGCCGGGGAACGGGGGCGAGCUGCGGCGCAUGAUUGCGGCCGGUGUGAUCGGGUUCAAGUGCUUCCUGUGUCCGAGCGGCGUGGACGAGUUCCCGCACGUCACCGAGGAGGACGUGCAUGCGGCGGCGCGCAUCAUGGAGGGUAGCGGGGCGGUACUGGCGUUUCAUGCGGAAAUCGACUGCCAACAAGCGGGGACCGGCGCGGGUGAGGGUGAGGGCGAUCCCUACAAGUACCGUACGUUCCUGGAGUCCCGGCCGGACAACAUGGAGCAGCGGGCGAUCGAGCUGGUGUCGCAGGUGGCCCGGCAGUACGACCUCCGGACGCACAUCGUGCACCUCUCGACGGCGCAGGCCCUGCCGACCAUCCGGGAGACGAGGCAGCACGGGGGCCGGCUGACGGUCGAGACCUGCCACCACUACCUGUCGCUGGCGGCUGAGGACGUGCCGGAUGCGCGCACCGAGUUCAAGUGCUGCCCGCCGAUACGCAGCGGCGCCAAUCGGGAGCUGCUCUGGCGCGCCAUCCAGACCGGCGACAUCGAUCUGGUCGUGUCGGACCACUCGCCGAGCACGCCCCAGAUGAAGCUGCUCACCGAGGGCAAGCGGCAGGGGAACUUCCUCGAGGCUUGGGGUGGCAUUUCCUCGCUCCAGCUCGGACUACCCCUGUUCUGGACCAGCUGCCAGCAGUACGGGCUGACGCUAGAGGACACGGUGCGGCUGCUCUGCACUGAGCCGGCCCGCCUCAGUGGGCUCGACGCGUGCAAAGGCCGGCUCGAUCCGGGCUACGAUGGCGACCUGUGCGUGUGGGACCCGGAGGGCACCUUCACCGUCACCGAGAGUAUGAUCGAGUUCCAGCACAAGGUGACACCGUACCUCAACCGGACGCUACGCGGCGUCAUACACGGCACGUUCCUGCGCGGCUUCCCAAUCUACCAGCGGUCCGAGCCGGUACCCACCUUCGGCCCCCCGCUGGGCAACAUCCUACUCCGUGACCAAGGGAGCCGGCGAAGGGGGAGAUUAUUCGCGUGGUGA